AACUGUGUCAACUGCAUACACAGUGGAGCCACUCUUCCUUUCAGCUUUCACAUCCCCAAAUCCAAACCACGUUUCCCCCCACUCCCCGCUCUUACACUGUAAAGAACGCCUCACACUCCAGCCUUGAAGACAUCACCUCUCUCUCUCUAUCUCUCUCUCUCUCUCUCACUCUCAUAUAGAAAACCUAACCCUAGCUUUGCGAUCGAGGAACAACUUCUUCACCUUCCGAGAUCAGUUGGGUUUCAAUUUUCACUCUCUUCCGAUGCAGAUCUUUCCCGCAUUUCGAUUUAGAUUGUCCUAGCAAAUGGCUUCUUCUUGUGGCCCCUUCUACAUCUUCAUCUUGCUCUUGCUUUGGGGUUUCCAGACCUGCCAUGCUCGAAUCUUUAGCUUCCAAAUGCACCACAGGUUUUCCGACCCCGUCAAGAAGUGGUCUCAGAAAGCUGGCAAAGGUUUUCCGGCCGGGGACUGGCCGGAGAAGGGGACUGUCGAGUACUACGCGGUAUUAGCCCACCGUGACAAGAUUCUCCGUGGCCGCGGUCUCUCGGACGUUGAUUCACCGAUCACCUUUUCCGAAGGCAAUUCGACUUUCCGGAUCAGCGCCUUGGGAUUUCUGCAUUACACGACGGUGUCGUUGGGGACGCCCGGUGUUAAGUUUUUGGUUGCGCUGGACACAGGGAGCGACCUGUUUUGGGUUCCCUGCGAUUGCAGCAGAUGUGCGCCUACUGAAGGCACAACUUAUGGUUCUGAUUUUCAGCUUGGCAUUUACAAUCCUACAGGAUCGACAACAAGCAAAAAAGUGACUUGUGAUAACAGUUUGUGUGCACACCGGAACAGAUGUCUUGGAACAUUUGGCAGCUGCCCUUAUGUGGUCUCAUAUGUCUCCGCUGAAACAUCAACUUCUGGAAUAUUGGUAGAGGAUGUUCUGCACUUAAUAACUGAAGAUAAUCAUCCUGAGUAUGUUGAGGCACACAUCACAUUUGGAUGUGGGCAGGUUCAAACUGGUUCAUUUCUAGAUGCUGCAGCUCCCAAUGGUUUAUUUGGGCUUGGCAUGGAGAAGAUAUCAGUCCCUAGCAUUUUGUCUAGGGAUGGUUACACAGCAGAUUCUUUCUCCAUGUGUUUUGGACGUGAUGGAGUUGGCCGGAUUAGUUUUGGAGACAAGGGUAGUCCUGACCAGGAGGAAACCCCAUUUAAUCUAAACACAUUGCACCCAUCAUACAAUAUUACUGUUACACAAAUCCGUGUGGGAACUACACUUAUUGACUUGGAUUUCACUGCUCUUUUUGAUUCUGGGACGUCCUUUACAUACUUGGUUGAUCCACUCUAUGCAAGGUUUUCAGAGAGUUUUCAUUCACAGGCACAGGAUAGGCGGCGUGCUCCCGAUCCAAGGAUCCCUUUUGAAUAUUGUUAUGAUAUGAGUCCAGAUGCAAAUACUAGUUUGAUACCUAGCUUGAGUUUCACCAUGAAAGGUGGAAGCCAGUUUCUUGUCUUUGACCCAAUAAUUGUCGUAUCCAGUCAGCAGGGUGACGUCGCAUAUUGCCUGGCUGUUGUCAAGAGUGCAGAACUGAAUAUUAUUGGGCAGAACUUUAUGACUGGCUACCAGGUCAUAUUCGACCGAGAAAAACUUGUAUUGGGGUGGAAGACCUUCGAUUGUUACGAUGUGGAGGAACCAAAUAUUUUGUCAAUUACACCUCACAACUCUGCCUCAGUGCCUCCUGCUGUUGCUGUUGGAGUUGAUAAUCGCACCAUCCCAAAAUCCACAAAAGAGGGCGGCAAUUAUUUCCGUAAUUCAAAUGCAUCUCCGCCUCACCACUGCCACCGUUGCAAUUUAACUGACUUCUGCUUCACAUUAUUCUUAUUGCUUCUAUUAUUGUAGCAGUUCAGUUCUUAUUCUUUUUCUUAUAUACAAUAGUGGCCGUAGUUCCAGGGCAAGACAUAGUUGUGGAGUUUUGCGCAGUAUUUUUGUUGUAGGUAUGCUAUUCAUUUACAACAUUACAUCACCGUUGUAUCUCUCGCCUUCCAUCACUUGCACCGUACAUCGUUGAGAAAUUGUAUGUGGAAUUCUUAUUUGUAAAGAAGUAUAUCUGCACAUUUUUUU